CCGUUGACUUCCAAAAUUUCCACACUUCUGUAGAACCUUAUUUGUCAUUGAAGUAAUCACUAUUUUGGUGGUUCACACUUGAUUUUUAAGACCAUCUUUCCAAAUUCUCACCGCCAUUGUACCUCUAACUUAACCCUCUCUGUCUGUCUCGCUUCUUCUCAUUCAAGUUCGUUGCUUUACUUCCCAAAAAAAAAAGCUUUAAUUUUUCCUGGAAUACUGUUUUCACUUUCAAUUUUUACAAAUAGGAAGAUGUCAGAGAAGUUCUCGCCGACCCUCCGGAUUGGCGAUUUGAGCGAUUUCAUAGCUCCGUCUCAGGCUUGUAUUGUCUCUCUCAAGGGAUUCAAAUCUUCCGCGGCGAAUAAGCCUUCUGAUAAAUCUGAGGUUUCGACUUCUAAAACCCAGUUGAAAACAGACCCGGUAAAAAUUUCGUUGAAGGAUUGCUUAGCAUGCAGUGGGUGUGUCACAUCAGCAGAGACAAUUAUGUUAGAGAAACAAAGUUUGGAUGAGUUUCUUUCUAAUAUUGAUAAAAGGAAGGUUGUUAUUGUUUCUAUUUCUCCCCAAUCAAGAGCUUCACUUGCAGUUCAUUUUGGUAUUUCACCACUUCAGGUGCUUAAGAAACUAACAUCAUUUUUUAAGUCAUUGAGUGUAAAGGCGGUAUUUGAUACAAGUUGCAGUCGAGAUUUAACCCUUAUUGAAUCUUGCAAUGAAUUCAUCACAAGAUACAAACUAAGCCAAUCAGUUGACGAAAGAUGUAAAUCUUCCUUACCCAUGAUUUCGUCUGCAUGUCCAGGUUGGAUAUGCUAUGCUGAAAAACAGCUUGGAUCAUAUAUUUUGCCUUACAUUUCUUCAGUGAAGAGUCCGCAGCAAACAAUUGGAGCUAUUGUAAAAAAUCAUCUAUGCCAAAAAAUGGGUCUUAGGCUGGAUGAGAUUUACCAUGUAACUGUGAUGCCAUGUUAUGAUAAGAAGCUUGAGGCAUCUAGAGAUGACUUUGUUUUUCAAGUCGAGUCUCAAGCCAAAACUAAUGAGGAUGAAGCUCUCAUGAUUUCAGAGGUAGAUUCAGUGCUGACAUCUGGGGAAGUUCUAGAACUGAUACAGUUAAAAGGAGUGGACUUCAAAAACUUGGAAGAUUCGCCUCUUGAUAACAUGCUGACAAAUGUUACUGAGGAAGGGAAUAUUUAUGGUGUCCCUGGAAGCUCAGGUGGUUAUGGAGAAACAAUUUUUAGAUAUGCUGCAAAGGUGCUGUUUGGGAAAACAAUUGAAGGUCCUUUGGAAUUCAAGACUAUUAGAAAUUCAGAUUUCCAGGAAGUUACUAUGGAAGUGGAGGGGAAAACAGUGUUAAAGUUUGCGCUAUGUUAUGGUUUUCGGAACUUGCAAAACAUUGUAAGGAAAAUCAAAACUGGAAAAUGUGACUACCAUUUCUUGGAGAUUAUGGCAUGCCCUUCAGGUUGCUUGAACGGUGGAGGCCAAAUCAAGCCAAAGCCAGGGCAAUCUGGGAAGGAUCUGAUUCAGUCCCUGGAAACUGCUUAUAUGGAAAAUGUUCUGAUAGCAGAUCCUUUUGAAAACCCUCACAUUAAAAGUUUAUACAAUGAGUGGCUUGAGCAACCUAAUUCAGAGAAAGCUAAGAAACACAUGCACACCGAAUAUCACCCUUUGGUAAAAAGCAUCACAUCUCAGUUACACAAUUGGUAAAAGUUUUGCUUUUCUAACAACCAACCCCCAUUCUGAGCAACAUGGGGGAUGCAUCUAUGGACUCCAGUUUUGAUAGUCAAAUCCGAUACUUUGUUCAGUUUUCACCAUAUGUAUGUAUAUAUUCGAACUUCAUUAGAUAGAUAAAAAAGAGAAGGAAAAAAUUCAUACUUUGCCAUUGACAGAAAUCCAAAUAAGCUUCCCUCCGUCCAUGUAUUAUCUUUUUUUGACCUUUCACUUUUGUAUUUUUAUAAUUGGAGAGGUUGAAGAAUGGAUAUUUAUCGAUUCUUGUAAUAGAAAUUGAAACGAGUGUUGCCUUA